AUGGCUCGUGGAGAAGGAACCACGUCAACAAAGACCGAAAAGGGGAGCAUCGCUCCGAAGGCUCGAUCCUUGGAAAAGGAGGAAGCGCCCAAGGAAUCUGCCAAAAUCGAGGUUCCAGAAGCACCCAAACGCACCAGGGUGCCAGAUGCCAUCCAGAGGAAAUUGGCGACCGAGAAACAGAAGGGCCCCCAGCCCAGCAGAUUGGCGCAGGAAUUGCGCAGUUACCAAGCCGAAAGAAAGAGGCAUUCGAUGGACGUAUAUGUCCAGAUCACGGGCCUGGACUCAGGGAAAACGCGUGGAGUCAAGGCGCUGCUCGAUAGUGGCUGCAGUACCUGCUGCAUUGACACCGACUACGCACGGGCAGAAAAGCUGGAUAUCCAAGAGCUUCCGCAACCCAUUGUGGCUCGGAACGCUGACAACACCGAGAACAUCAGCGGUCGGAUCACGCACUACGUCGACUUGAGAAUGAGAAUCGGUCCUCAUGUGGAGACACGCACGUUCCUUCUGACGUGUCUGGGAAAAGCCCGGAUCUUCAUCGGCCUGGAUUGGCUGACGGAACACAACCCCGAGGUGGAUUGGCAGGAGCAGACAAUGAGAUUCAGCCGAUGCCCAGAGCAAUGUCAAAUGAGGGGUCACGAGGAGCACCAAGCGAUGACCACAUGGAUGCAAUUGACCUGGACGCGGGUGCACCGGAUCUGGAAGAGGGAGAAUCGAUCUUGUUGA